UUUAGAUCGGGCACUAGUGAAAGCAGGCUGGAAAGGCUGGUUUAUCCAACUAUUCAGACACGGCCCUGUAGUUCCCGUAUAUGAUGAAGACUAAAACCUAAACCGAAACUAAACACUAGCUACGGUUAUACGCGGCUAAGAUUAACAAUACGGGAACUUCAAUAGGCGUUAAAGCACAGUGGGAGGAGAGAAGCUCAGUCGACCUGUAAUUCCCCUAUAUGAUGAAACCGAAACUGAACUUUAGUUAAGGUGUAGGAGGUGAACACACUUCUGGAGGCAUAAACGCGCUGGUUCGGAGCCCAUAAUGGCCACAUCCGUGACUGCCGCUGCUCAUGGAGUUCGGGUGGUGACCCACAUUAUCCCUCUGGACACCACUGGGCCUCCAUGUCCCAGUGAGAACAAAGAGAGCCAGAUGAAGUCAAGCUUGCCUUACAUGACCAGGAUGUUCCUGAAAGUGGAGCCCGUGGCCCUGGGGACUCUGCAGGUGUUCAUUGGGCUUGUGAUGAUUGCUGUGGGAAUAGCUACUUUGGUCGCAGGUACGCAACAUGGAGAAGUCCCACUGGGUCUUGGAAUAUCGUGUAUCAUCUGUGGAUCUGUAACUCUGGCUGCACACAAGGGAACCUCUCUUCCACUUAUUAAAAGCACUUUGGCCCUGAACAUCAUUGGCACGCUGCUGUCCAUUUCAGGCAUCUGCUACUUCUGCGUUGAGCUUGCCAUCAGACCUGAUCUGGAUGAUUGCAGUACAUAUGAUGGCUACUGGGAUUGCUGGUAUAUGGCACAGCGAUUCACUACUAUAAUGGACGGACUGAAUGGUUUGCUGUUAGUUUUUUCUGUGUUGGAGGUGUGUGUCUGUAUCACACUUGUCGUCUUUUCCUGCAAAGCCGGCUGUCCAGCCUCUGAGACCAAAAUGGUGGUGAAGGUGCAGACAUCUGACCAGCUGUGCCACAGCAGCCAUGAGGCUCUUUUGACUGGAGAGGAUGUGGGUGCUUGUGAUCACCCUCCAGCCUAUGAACCCUAAAUGGGCACUUUUAUUUUUUUUUCACCCACUAUAUACCAAGCAAAGUAACUAGACUACUUCACUAGCGUUAUAGCAUCUGAACUGAUUUAAUAGCUUCUCUUAUUUUACUCAUUCUUUUUUGCCACAGUAACUUUUAAGUAUGUACAGUAUAGUAAGUCUUCAGCAGUUUAAUUUCACUUACCCAACUUACCCACUUACCCAAAAACAGCUUUUCACAGUGGCCUUGUGUAGUGUGGAGAUCUUUAUUGUUUCUUGUGUAGCUUGUGUUCACUGUAAAUAAAAUCCGAAGUGCA